GUAGACGUCAUGUCUGACACCAGGUGGCGCUGACGGACGACAGACCCUGCAUUUGUAGAAGAAGACGCGGGUUCAAAGGACAAACUGAAAUUGUGUUGCAGUACAUCUGGGAUAAGAAAGAAAGGAAGUCAACCUCCAAAACUUCAAUAUGCUGCUACGAAGGAUGCUGCAUGUUGGAGGACUGACACUGAAACAUAGCAGGUCCAUCCACCACACUCCUGUGUGGAGGACUCCUCUCAUACCUAUAGUGGUUGAGCAGACGGGGAGGGGAGAACGAGCAUAUGAUAUUUAUUCUCGCCUUCUAAGGGAGAGAAUCAUUUGUGUGAUGGGUCCCAUUGACGACUCGGUAGCCAGUUUGGUUAUUGCUCAGCUGCUCUUCUUACAGUCAGAAAGCAACAAUAAACCAAUACACAUGUACAUCAACAGUCCAGGUGGUGUGGUCACAGCAGGCUUGGCCAUCUAUGACACCAUGCAGUACAUCCUUAAUCCCAUCUCCACCUGGUGUGUUGGCCAGGCAGCCAGCAUGGGUAGCUUACUCCUGGCAGCAGGAACAAUGGGAAUGAGACAUUCGUUGCCCAAUGCCCGCAUCAUGGUUCACCAACCUUCAGGAGGUGCAAGGGGUCAGGCCACAGAUAUCGCCAUCCAGGCUGAGGAGAUUCUGAAGCUGAAGAGACAAAUCAACAAUAUCUAUGCCAAGCACACAGGGCAGCCUCUGGAAACCAUUGAAAACGUAAUGGAGAGGGAUCGCUACAUGAGCCCCAUGGAAGCACAGGACUUUGGUCUAAUAGACAAGGUCCUGGUCCACCCGCCCCAAGCCGGCCAGGAUGAACCUGAGCUUGUGCAGAAAGAGCCAUCAACAGGGCCAGCAGCCAGUCCCAAUCAGACGCCACAGUCUCAAAGCCCUGAUCAGGCCUCUCUAGGGACAAAUCCCCCAUCCUCAUACAAACCAGAGCCAUGAACCCAUACGGGAGGGUUUUCUGGGCUCUGUAAUCAUGGAUUGAUUACCCAGCUGAUCAGUCCUACGUGAACGACCCAUGGUGUGUUUCUGCUCCUACAGUAUAGACACCGUGCUGCCUGAAUGCUGAUCGGAGUUCACCUCAUGUCAACUGAUCAAGAAAAUGUUUGUUGGAUACAGACUUUAAAAUAUAAAUUUUAGUUUGUGAUAAUUGCACUCUAUGAAAUAAAGGUGGAGAAAUAGUUACAGUGAAGUCAA